AAGUAGCGAAACUAGAAAAAAAACGAUCCGGUUUGAGUGCGGUUGCGAAUAAAAUCAGGUAAGUACAAUCGACGACUGGUUCACAUAUAUUGGACAUCGUGCUCGCUUUUCAAAACGCAUGUAUUAACUUAAACCUGUCGGAUAUUGCAAAUGGCCGCUAUAUAGAUAAUUUGUCAUGCCACCAAAAAGAAAAUCUUCAGCUGCAAAUGCAAACACAAGCAAAAAACACAAGGUUGAAUUGCAAAUAACCCCUUCGGUAGAGAAGAGAAAGGAAGCAAAAAAUCAAAAACAGGCAAAACGUACAGCGAAAACUCCUGAUGAAUUUAAAGAAGGCAGAGAAACAGCAAAAAAACUAGAUCACACAGAAGGGAAGUUUAAGACACAGAAUGAAACACAAGUAAAAUUGGGAAAACAAUUGAAGACAAACAUUAAAACCCAAGUCAAAUUGAAGGCAGAAGUUAAAACUUCAGGAAAAGUAAAAGCUGCUGACAAAUCGUCAAAAGAAAAGCCAGAUAAAAUCCAGAUAACUGGCUUGAAGACAAACACAUGUCCUGUGCUUGGAGAUCUUUUCGUGGAUCAAGAAUGGAAAGCAGCCCUGGGCGCUGAAUUUCAACAGGAUUACUUCAAGGAAAUUGAGGCAAAUUUACAACAGGAAUACAGCAAAGGAAAGCAGAUUUUCCCCCCUAGGGAACAAAUAUUCAAUGCCUUCAACCUAACACCAUUAAGUGAAGUCAAAGUGCUUAUACUAGGGCAGGAUCCUUACCACGAUGAUAAUCAGGCCAUGGGGUUAUCAUUUUCUGUCCCUCGCGGUGAGAAAAUACCACCAUCGCUGAAGAAUAUUUACAAAGAGCUUGAACGUGACCCGAAAAUUGUAGGCUUUACCCAGCCAGAUCAUGGAUGCCUCCUGGAUUGGGCUAAGAGAGGAGUGCUUUUGCUCAAUGCUACAUUGACUGUUGAGGCUCAUCUACCCAACUCUCAUGCCAAACUGGGCUGGCAGACAUUCACUGACAAUGUGAUCAAGACAGUGAGUGACCGCUGUCUUCAUGUUGUAUUCAUCCUAUGGGGAAACUUUGCGCACAAAAAAGACAAGCUUAUCGAUGGCACCAAGCACGCCAUUAUCAAGACGGCGCAUCCUUCACCGUUAUCCUUCAAUAAGUUCAACGCUUGCAAUUGUUUCUCUGAUUGUAAUUCAGCCUUGCAGGUGUUUGGAUUGUCCCCAAUUGACUGGAGUCUUUAGUCAGUUUGUGUGCAGUUAAUGAUAUUGCACCUCUGUUUCGUACUUUGAUUGUUAGUCCAUUGUUUUUGGAAAAAUUACCAGUGUAUUAAUUUUAUGCAUAAUGCUUUAUAUAAUAUUUUACAAAUUUUCAUAGUCAUAAUGCUUUAUAUAAUAUUUUACAGAUUUUCAUUCUCUGCGUUUGAUAGAAACAAAACUCAGUUUAUCUAUGACCGCAAUCCUAGAUACAUGUUAUUAUACUUACGAUAUGGGGAUGGAGAUAUUGUUGUGUACAUUGUUCUCGUGGUUAUUCGUGCCAUACAAUGUGGUUACAAUUGAUUUUAUGUUGUUAACUUUUUACGUACAAUUGAUGUGUAUUUUAUGCAAUUACAUGUUUACAGCGUAGCUAUUGCAUUUAUGAUACCCCAUCGAGAAAAUCGGGCCAUUUUGAUUUGCACCAGUUGAUCAAUGGAUCUUUUCAGUCUUGGUCGGUUUGUCCAUUCCAUAGACAUUUUUUGUUUUUCUCGCGAUAUCUACAGAAUGCUGAUAUAUAAGAUCAUGCAAAAAUUGUAUGAUUGAUACUUAAAGGGAAAGAAUUUCAUUUUGACAAAUAUUUUGUUUUUGGAUGAUAUCUUGAGAACGAUUGGACCUAUUAGAAUACAAAUUGGUUUGAUAAUUACUAGAAGCUGAUGAAGACGAAUAUCUAUUUUAAGGUCAACAACCUUAAUUAACAUUGGAUCUGAAAAUAAAGUUACGGGCGCGUUUUACCUGAAACAAUUGUUUAAUAACUAUAUGUUUUGAGAUUUUCACCGAAAAUUACUUUGGAGAUCGUCUUUAAAACAAGAAGGCCCUUUAGCGUUGAUAUUGAGUAUGUAACAUAAGAUAGUUGUUGUUAUUAGUGUUUGUCCAUUACGUCAAGCUUGGCACGCUUAAGGUGUAACGUUUUGAAGAUAAACUUUAUUUGCAAUAUAUCUGGCAUCUUUUUCAGCUCUCUCAAGGCCUAAAGGUGUAAUAUUUGGUAUGUAACAUAUAACUGGUUUAUCAGGUUUUCCGAAGGAAAAAACUGGUUAUUAGAUUGGUGAAUGUCGGCUGGCGGGCGGGCGGAACAAGCUUGUCCGGGCCAUAACUUUGCCGUUUAUUGUGAGAUUUUAAAAUCAUUUGGCACAUUUGUUCACCAUGAUUGGACGGUGUGUCUUGCUUAAGAAUUACGUCGAUAUCUCCAUGGUCAAGGUCACAAUUUUAGUUCAAAGGUCAAAAAUGGCCAUAAAUGAGCUUGUCCAGGUCAUAACUAUGUCGUUCAUUGUGAGAUUUUACCAUCAUUUGUUCACCAUCAUUGGACGGUGUGUCACGCGAAAGAAUUACGUCGAUAUCUCCAAGGUCAAGGUCGCCACGACAAAAAAUAGAUUGAUUUUGAAACAAGGGGGGGGGGGUAACUAUGAACAAUCAGUAACAAUGCACAUUUUGAGUUGUCUCCCUUUAUCAGACUUUUUUAUGCCCCCUUUCAAAGAAAAGGGGGUAUAUAGUUUUCGCACUGUCCGUCAGUCUGUCACACUUUUUGUGUCCCUCUCUAAUUCAAAUAGUUUUCAUCCGAUCUUUACGAAACUUGGUCAGAAGUUGUAUCUAGACAAUAUUUAGGUCAAGUUCAAAUAUGGGUCAUGCCGGGUCAAAAACAAGGUCACGGGGUCGAAAAAACAAAUCCAAGGGAAGUAAAAAGCUUUAAAUGGACAUAAUUAUCUGACCUGCCAAAUUAAAUAUUUUUGUUAAAUAAAUCAAAGCAGCGCAGUAGGCGGCAUUGUGUUUCUGACAAACACAUCAUGGUAAAAGGUCAAGGUCAUCCUUCAAGGUCUAAGGUCAAAAAUACAAAUCCAAGGGAAGUAAUAAGCUUUAAAGGGAGAUAAUUAUUCAAUAUUGAACAUAGCAACUUCAUAUUUGGCAUGCAAAGGUAUCUCAUGGAGCUGCACAUUUUGAGUGGUGAAUUUACAGUAGUGGCUUUUAAUUAUUUGCUACUUAAAAUAGAGAUUUGUUAAAGACAAUUAUUUUCAAGGGAAGUAAUGUAUAUAAUUAUAAAUCUCAGAUUAUAUAUUUCCUUACCAAGAAUUUACGUUCUUUUCACAGUUUCUGUACAGACUUUUUAUUUUGAUUAUUCAUAACUCAAAUGAUUGAUUUCUCAAAGUUUUUUUUAAUGAUAUAAUUAUCAUUUCUCUCCUGUACUAAUUUGUGAAUAGUAGAGUUCAUUACAUACCUGUGGACUUAUGUCCAUAGAUACAUGAUGAACUCUGGCUAUGAUCUCUUUGAUAAACCACAGGCCUUGGUUGUCGGUGAUGUUUGACUUGGUCAUUUUUUACUGUUUACAGACCACCCCCCUCCCCGGUUGGAUUGGACAAAAUCCUAGGGAAAUAAUAAGCUUUAAAGGGAUAUGAUUUCUAUACCAGCCAAAUGAUAAAUAGAAAUUUUAUUUCAAAGCGGCGCAGUAGGGGGCAUUGUGUUUCUGACGAACACAUCUCUUGUUCAAAUUGAAAUCAAGGUCGCCACGAGUAAAAAUAGAUUGAAUUUGAAACAAUGGGGGGUAACAAUGCACAUUUUGAAUUUACUUUUUUUAAUUGAAAACCUGGUUUUGUGACAAUUUUGUCCCUUGUUUUGUACUAAAUUUGUUUAAAUUAUGUCUGUGGUUUCAUAAAUUGCCAUACACAUGUGAUGGUGUGAAAUGUAUUAUAUAGACUUACAUUUCAUGAUAUGUUCACAUUAUUUCCAUGUCGUCAAAAGCAGCCUCAAUUCAAUAGAAUCGACUAUAAUACCACUUAGCUACAGUUUCUCAGAUGAGCGUUUAAGGAUCCUCAUAUGUUCCUCUCGUUAAGAUAAACAGAAUUAUCUGAAAGGCAUACUGCAAUCGCCUUAGUAUGCAGAGACAUUAUUCCAUUGACUGCUUAAUAUUAUGCUUUCUUGAUUUUUUAUGUCCCCCACUACUAUAGUUUAUAUGUUUUUGCCCUGUCUGUUGGUUUGGUUGUUUGCCCUAACUAUAACAUUUGCCAUAACUUUUGCAAUAUUAAAGAAAGCAACUUUAUAUUUGGCAUGCAUGUGUAUCUCAUGGAGCUGCACAUGUUGAGUGGUGAAAGGUCAAGGUCAUCCUUCAAGGUCAAAGGUAAAAUAUAUGGGUCAAAAUCGCUCAUUAAAUGUACACUUUUGCAAUAUUGAAGCUAUCAACUUCAUAUUUGGCAUGCAUGUGUAUCUCAUGGAGCUGCACAUUUUGAGUGGUGAAAGGUCAAGGUCUACCUUCAAAGUCAAAGGUCAUAUAUAUGGGGACAUAUUGUUUCACAAACACAUCGCUUGUUUCUCUAGAUUCAGUCUGCUGAAGUAUCUAUCUUAAGUUUUCGAGAAAUAAACAUUUGGUUAUGUUUUGUUGUUGUUUCACACAACCAAUAACUACAGUAAUGUGCAAUAAGUGUGUGCAUUUGUAAAGUAAAUAUUACAUAACUCUUAUUAUUCAUAAUCUACACAGAUAUAGGACAUAUUGGAUCAGUGCAUACAAUUUUCGUAACAAUUAUGUAUUUACCCGCACUGGAUAAGUCCAAAAUGUCAGAGCACUCUCGCGUUUUUAAAACAUCAGGGGAGACCAAAAGGGGAUAUUUUUACGUAAUCAAGCAUGUGCAUCAAGCAGGGCAUAUUGAUAAUAAAUGUUUAAAAAUAGCUGUAACACCGUUUAAAAAACGCGGGAGUCGACAUGCGAUAUUAAUACAGCGAUAUUUGAACAGUACAAAUAACGCGUGUCGCUUCGUGUAUCGCGCAAAAUAUCAAGUAUCGCUUCGUGUGUCGCCCUUUGAACGCGAGACACGAUAUUUUGCGCGAUACUCAAAGCGACACACGAUAUUUUGCGCGAUACACGAAGCGACACACGAUAUUUACAACGAUAUAUCGCCUUUUGGGCUACCUACACAAGGGCGAUAUUUCGUGGUACAUUCUCGCGCGUCGCUUCGUGUAUCGCGCAAAAUAUCGUGUGUCGCGCAAAAUAUCGUGUGUCGCCGUUGAUGAAAGAAGUGCGAGAUUAUAGAUGGCACUAUCCGGAUUCCGUUAUUACAUAUUACAAAUUGUCAUGUCGCAUUUGAUCAUAACUUCAUGUUGCGUCUUGCCUUGCAACAUGCUUAAUACAUAUUGCUGUCGUCUUGUUAAAUUGCUAGUGUAAUUACUUGUGUAAUUGAUAGUGUUAUUACUAGUGUGAAGUCGGAUUGUAUAAACAGUAUGUUGAUAACGAAUAGCACAAUACAAAAAUCAUGUAUCAUAUUCAAAAAUGCAGUUGGCGUUAAGUAAUAUGCAAUAGUCAAUAACACACACGAAGUAAAGAUAAAUUUAUGUAUAUAUAUAUAUAUAUAUAUAUGUGUGUGUGUAGUGAUUAUAAACUUAUCAAUAUGUGGCAAAGAAGAUGAAAUGUUUGCACAGCAAUUGUAUCUAGGAAAAAUGUAACUGCCAUGUAUCAGCAAGCAUAUGCCAUUAGUUAACAUAAGGAUGUCAUUUAACAUCAUGCAUGUACUAGCGGAUUUCCUUCCAUACGCCGCAUGAUUACUUAAGUUACUAAACAGCAUACAAAGUGACUACAUUUCAAUAUAUUUGGCACAGAAGCAUAAUUGUCAAGUACCGAAGCCUAUGAUUAUUUUAUUUAUUUAAUAAGUGUUACUCUUUAUUUGUUUUCUUUCAUGUAACUAUAAUUUCAGACACAGCAUGUUAUUAAAAGUAUAUUUUACAAAACUACGAAAUUCAGCCAUAAUGUUUACUUUUACAUUACAUGCAAUUUGCUUGCAGGUUAUAAUAUUUAUGGAAUUUGCAGCAUAAGAAAACUCACUAAGACAAUAUAUUGUAUAUUUUAAUCCAACGCAUGCAAUUGUUUGCACUUGUAACAAUUAAUGGUUAUUUUACCUUCAGACAUGAAUAACCAUGGUAUCAUGGUGAAUUUACUUUAGCCCUGGUUAGUUAUUGUGCCGUUUGCUAUGCUUUGCAUUUCCUAAGGGUGCUUUACAGGGAAGAAAAACAUGUUUUAUUUCUGAAAUGUGUGCCGAAAAUGCUUCCGCAAUCCUGAUGGAUAUGAAUGGAAUCAGUUUUUCACCCACCCUUAUGAGUAAGAGUAAAAGAAAACGGUAAAGGGGGUUAUUGUGUGAGAGUAAUAGGUUUUGUUUGCAUGUGAAUGUUUUACAGUUUUAUUACACCGCUUAUGUUGUUUCCUUCUUCCUGUUAACAGAAAACAAGACGUAGGGUCGUCGUAGAAUUUUCUGAAGUAAGAUAAAUGAUACAAUAAACAUCAAGCAUAA